AUGCCAAUCACAUCACUUGAACCCUACAUAAAUGAAAACCGGCUUCUCAGCCAUACAACUCUCGAAGCCUUACGCAAUUCGAUCAUCGGAAUAGAUGUCCUGCACUAUUUGAACAGAAUAUACCUCUCUAAGAAGGAGCCUCUCUUCUUGGGAGCCGGUAACCUUUUUGAAGCUUUGAAGGAAUGCAUAAUCCAUGACAUUGAAUUAUUCUCAACUUAUUCCAUACUGCCAGUCUUUGUUUUCCAGGGAUUGAGGAUAGACAACAGCUCCCGUCAAUACAAUGCUAAAACAUUGACUCAAACUGAGCAACAGGUCGAGUCGGCAUGGAGUAAAUUAGAUGGCAAGAAUUCAUUCUCGAAUCCUAGACCAUCCUCAAGUUUCUAUGUAUCUUUUCACAGAUCAAACGACGACUCGAUAUACCGAGCGGUAGUAAGUGAUCUCAUUAAACUAUUUCUGGAGAGAAACAUCAACUUCUUCUUGAGUCCUUACGAUGCUUCAUUUCAAUUAUCCUAUUUCCAAGAAUGUGGGCUCGUGGAUAUUAUCUAUGGGUCAAGCGAUUUACUCUUGACUAAAGCGUCGAGUUUUAUUUUUGGUAUUGACUUUUUGAAUCAAGAAGUGAAAAUCGUUGAGAAAAAGAGGCUUUUGGCUGACAUGAAUUUAACUGAAAGGCAGCUCAUCGACUUGAGCAUCAUCAUAGGCUGUUCGAUUCAACCGAAUACUUUUCCCCAUUUGCCUCAAGCCAACUCAGUGAUGCAUCAACCCUCUGCGACUCUAAGGGCAGCACUUGACCUCGUACAUCAAUAUUUUGCCUUCACUGGCUCCCGACAGACCACUCUCCUUGACUAUAUUAAUAGUCUCCAUGACUCGUAUUUAGUGCAAGUUUAUUUGAGAGCCAUAGCUGCUUGUGAGUUCAUGCCUAUCAUGACAGAGGAGGGAGAAAUAAUGCAAUAUUUGACUGAAAUUUCGAGGCUAGGAGCAAAAACUAAAAGCAAUUACUUGCAUUUAGAUACCAUUAACGAAAAAGAUGGAUCGUCUCAAGGACAAACAGAGCCAGAGUUCAAGAUUCCAAAUGACAUACAUGCUGUCAUCUCCCAAAGACUUCCAAUGGAGGUAUUUUUCUUCAAUUCUGUAGGUCUUCUACCGAUACAGAUGAUCGAAGCUGUAACAGCGGGAAAGCUUUUUAUAAGGCCCCCAUUGGAGGGCACAAACUGUGAGAAAUAUAAGGCGUUGAUCUCUUCAGAGAAUGCUAAGCAAAUUUUGGAUUUCCAAUUCAACGUCCUAACUCAACUUCUCAACCGCUAUUACCAAGUCAAGAAGAUCGAGGUGUUCUACUGGUUUCAUGAUAAACCAGUCGAAUUAAACACUCGUCUUGCACCAACAAUGUCUCAACGCUUUACAAAAUUGGGACUUUUCAAAUCAGAAAAUUGUCAAUUUACCUUCAAAAACUUUUGGGCGAAUAUGACGGCUGAAAGUUUUGUCGAUCUUGCGACUGGAAAGGCAGAGACCAACGCCUCAUUAAUCCUGACAUCCGUGUACCGCUCCUUGUUCAUUGCAGGUUUAGUUGAAGGUCGGAAUACUUUAUCGAGUUUCGGCCGCAUCUUUCAAAAAUUUGUGCUCGAUAACCCAGCUGUGCUGGAGUCACAUCUUCAAUUAAUGUUUAUGCUUUUUUGCAUGAUACGCGAGGAGGGUUUUGAAUCCUUCGCGCUGCCUGAACCCUCAAUCGGUGGCAAGGAAUCUGAGCAAAGAAGUGGGCUCAAUGCUGAAGAGUACAGAAGUAUGGAUUUGUUGUCCCGCGUCUUGAUGCUUGCUAGAUUAGCCACUGCUAAUCUGUUCUAUUAUCAAGGUCCGGUCUCAAGAAGUCUAUUGAGCUUUAGAAGUCGUCUUGAAUUUUUGAGAAAAAGUAUAUUAUCUUCUUUGGAACUCUCUCUUUUUGAUUUGGUCGUUAAAAAUGAUGCCAGCAAAUCAAACUUGAGUUCCGAAGCACAAGCUCGAAAAUUGCUCGUAGAAAUUCCCUUCUAUGACCUGAUCAGUAGUACUUUACUGGGAAUCAUCAGUGAAUUGUUUUUUGGCUCGGCUUUGAGAAUUCUCAAGGCGGGGGUUGCACCAGGAGAGGCUUUUAAUAAGGCUAAGUCACAAGUCCUACAAGCAGCAUUUCCAACAGACAAGCCACUAAACUCUUCACAGCAUCGAAAGUUUGAGAAAUGGAAUUCGGAAGCUAUCUUUGCCGAAUUUUGUGAAGAGUCACAAGUAUGGAGUUCAUUUGUGUUAAUGAGCAAGUCAAUCAAUGCCUUAGACAAUACUCUCAUUGGAUCAAAGCAAAUGGCGCAAAUAUCUAAAGCUGAUGAAUUAUUCCACAAGUUUUUUUAG